UUCGAACCAAAUAUUAAAAAUAAAAAUUAAAAAUUUCUAAAAAAACAUUCUUACUUCUCACUCACAAAAAAAAAAAAAAAAAAAAUCUGAAAAAUAUUUUCCAAAUCCACGAACCGCCAUAUCUAAGAUCAGUUCUUAAUUUGGGUUUAUUUUUUUCCUUAAUCAGAAAAUUGGGUUUUUCAUAGGAUUAUUUAUUGUUCUUGUGGUUCAAUGGAGAAGGAGCAAUCGAGUGAGGUUUUACUGUUGUGAUUAUUAUUGGUAUUUGUUGAAUGGGGAUUUGAAAUGAAAGCUCAAAGCUUCAACAAUGUUCGACUCUGUACUAUUGAAUAUUGAUUGACCUAGUGUUGUAGAGAGGAGGAGUGUUGGAAUUUUUGCUUUUUGGUCAUGACGAAGCGCGUUUACGAAGCCUGGAAAGGAAGUAAUAAAUUCCUUCUUAGUGGAAGAUUGAUCUUUGGGCCUGAUGCAAGGUCAUUACUUGUCACUUUAUUGCUGAUUCUAGCUCCAGUUAUCAUCUUUUGCGCAUUUGUUGGGAGGCAUCUUCGACAUGAAUUUUCACCACGUAAUUCAGGAUAUGCAAUUCUCGUGGUGGCAAUUAUCUUUACAAUCCAUGUGUUGGUGCUUCUUUUUCUUACUUCAGCCCGGGACCCGGGAAUCAUCCCACGUAAUUUACACCCUCCAGAGGAAGAUUUUCGCUAUGACAAUUCUGUGUCAAAUGAGAUCGGGGGUAGACAAACUCCUAGCCUUCAGUUCCCUCGGACGAAAGAUGUAAUGGUCAAUGGCCUUCCUGUGAGGGUGAAAUAUUGUGAGACAUGUAUGCUAUAUCGUCCUCCUCGUUGCUCCCAUUGUUCCAUUUGCAACAAUUGUGUGGAGCGAUUUGAUCAUCAUUGCCCUUGGGUAGGACAAUGCAUUGGAUUGCGAAACUACCGGUACUUCUUCCUGUUUGUUUCUUCUUCAACUCUUCUUUGCAUCUUUGUGUUUUCCUUAUCAGCUUUGUACAUCAAGGUUCUGAUGGAUGAUCAUAGGACUACAGUUUGGAAGGCAAUGAAAGAUUCUCCUGCUUCUGUGAUAUUAAUGGCUUAUUGUUUCAUCUCACUUUGGUUUGUUGGUGGAUUAACUGGCUUCCACUUGUACCUUAUAGGUACAAACCAGACUACGUAUGAAAAUUUCCGAUACAGAGCGGACAACAGAAUCAAUGUCUACAAUCGGGGCUGUCUGAACAAUUUUCUUGAAGUAUUUUUCACGAAAGUAAAACCCUCGAGGAACAACUUCCGUGCAUUUGUUCAAGAGGAGGUACAAAAGCCGAUGACUUUGCCCUCUCCACGAGCAGGACAAGAUGAUAUGGCUGGGGAUCCACGCUCGAAGGUGGAAGAUGAUUUAGAGAUAGGCGAAGAUCUGUUGAAGAUCUCACAACGCCGUAAUUUCGAAGAGAUGGAUGAGGACAUUCGUAGUAGAGGAAUUGAUGAGGACAUGCGUAGUAGAGGAGGAUUUGAUGAGGACAUACGUAGUAGAGGAUUCGAUGAUGAUGUACGUAGCAGAGGACACGAUGAUGACAUGCGAAGUAGACUCGAUGAGGAUAUGCGUAUUAGAAUUGAUGAAGACAUUCAUAGUAGAGGAGUUGAUGACGACAUACGCAGUAGAGGUAGCAACGGACCUCCCCUAAACAACUCCGAGGCAGGCUCAGUUAUGAGUUCUGACCAUCGUGCUACCACUAUACGAUCAGAAACUCGACACUCGAGUUGGGGAAGGAGAAGUGGAAGCUGGGAAAUUGCACCAGAUGAUGUUGCUAAUUCCAAUGUCACCGAGAGCAGAAGUUAUGUCACUCCGAAGGAUGCACGACUAUGAUAUGAUUGGUUAGUGGACUGUACAUUUGAUCUUUCUUAGCAUGACAAUGACAAAUCAUGUGGGUAAUCUGUGAUUAUUUGGUAGCCCAUAACCUGGUUUUGGGAAAAGUAAAAAAAUUUGCCAUUGACAGGAAAAAAAGAAGAAAAAGAAAACCUUACAAUUGCACCAGGUGGGGUUCUGAUGUAUUUUCCUCUUAGGUAUGAAAAUUGAAAACAAACUUAAAUGUUCCUUCUUUUUGUGGGAAAAUGGUUUGCUCUUAUAUUUUUUCUUCUGCUGAUGAAUAGAAUGUGUGUUUGUAAUUUUUUGGAAGGUAAGUGGGAUGGUAUCUUUUGCCAAAAUUGUCCUCUUUUUUGGGUUAUUGUGUAACAGUUUGCUUCUGUGAAAUUGGUAAUAUUGUGAUGAUGGCUUUAUUUU